AUGACUAACAAUCUUGCCUGGUGGUUGUUAGUGCUGAUCUUGAGGAAUGUCUUGAAAGACACUGUUGGCCAAACACCCCCUCCAGGGUUUAGAUAUGCUUCUUAUGAGGUGAUCAUCCCAAAGAGACAGACCCCCAGGUAUGGGCACAAAGAAGCUCAGGAUGUGAACUACCUGCUGAAGAUUGAAGGGAAGAGCCACCUAGUGCAUCUCAGGCAGAAGAGAGCUUUUGUCCCCAAACACUUCCCUGUUUUCACUUACAGCAAGGAGGGGGAUCUCCAGGUGGACUAUCCUUUUAUCAGGGAUGACUGUUUCUACCGUGGUUUUGUACAGGGCAGGCCUCACUCUUUGGCAGCGAUAAGCACUUGCUCAGGAGGUCUCAGAGGUAUUUUGGUGGUAGAAAAUAAGACUUACGAAAUUGAACCUGUCGAGGCAUCUACUACCUUUCAACAUGUGGUGUAUCAAUGGGAGGAAGAGGAAGCUGUGGGAUGGUGUGGGCUGACAGCAGAAGAACAACAUCGACAAGCAGCUAUAAUCCAAAACUCAGAAAAUUUAGCAGCUGAAAGGGAUCCAGAAAUACAUUGGGGGACUCAGAGAAUGUAUGCAAAGCUUGCAUUUGUGGUGGAAUAUGAGCGAUAUAUUCAGUUUGGCAGAAAUGAAACUGUUGCUGCUUUGCAAGUGCUAGAUAUCAUCCAUUGUAUAGACUCACUAUUUGUUCCACUUCAUAUUCAUGUGGCCUUGGUAGGAUUGGAAAUAUGGUCUGAAAGGAAUUUCAUUAAUAUUUCUGACAGUCUAGAGUCUGUACUUGCCAGUUUCAAUAACUGGAGAAAAAACACCUUUGUUAAACGUUUAGAACAUGAUGCAGGUCACUUACUUGUUCAUAAGAAUUUUGGACAUAUGGUUGGAUUUGCAUAUAUAGGAGCAAUGUGUAAUCCCCUUUGGGCGAGUGGUGUUGAAUCAUAUACUAGUCCCAGUUUAUUCUUUAUUUCUAGCAUAGUUGCCCACGAACAGGGGCAUAUUCUUGGUAUGAAGCAUGAUGAUGAGUUCUGUGUUUGUGAAAAGAAAACCUGUAUCAUGUCUGCCUCUCAUACAGACAGUGAUCAGUUCAGCAAUUGUAGUUAUACACAAUAUUUCACCCUAGUGAAAUCUCAUGGGGCAAAAUGCUUGUUAAUUGCCUCAGUCUCCAAAAAACACUAUAACCUUGCAUACUGUGGGAACAGAGUAGUGGAGAGUGGAGAGCAAUGUGACUGCGGUUCAAAACUAAGUUGUGAAUCAGAUCCCUGUUGCCAGUCUGAUUGCAGGUUGCGUUCCGGUGUCACUUGUGCUUUUGGAGAGUGCUGCUCCAAAUGCCAGUAUCUUCCAGCUGGAACUAUUUGCCGGACAAGUAAUAGCGUUUGCGACCUUCCAGAGUACUGCAAUGGGACUUCAGAGUGGUGUCCUGAAGAUGUUUACGUGCAAGAUGGUGCUCCAUGUCAAGGUGGUGCAUACUGUUUUCAUGGGAACUGCUCAACUCACAAUAAACAGUGCAAAAUGAUCUUUGGUUCAAAGGCAACAGUUGCUUCAGAGGGCUGCUUCAGAGAAUUGAAUGCUCGAGGUGACCGCUUUGGAAACUGUGGCAUUAAUGGUGAUACUUAUAUCAAAUGUAAUGCUAAGAAUAUCCUGUGUGGCCGACUCCAGUGUCAAAACAUUGAUCUGUUACCUGUUUUGGAAGAACAGAGCACCAUAAUCCAAACACAUGUUAACAACAGUCUAUGCUGGGGCACAGAUUAUCAUUAUGGAAUAAAGAUCACCAGUACUGGAGCUGUGAGAGAUGGCACUCCUUGCAACAAAGAUAUGAUGUGUAUUAACAGGGAAUGCACCAAUGUGUCCCUCUUGAAAUAUGAUUGUAAUGUGACGAAGUGCCAUAAUAGGGGGAUAUGUAACAACCACAAAAAUUGUCACUGUGGUUAUGGCUGGGACCCUCCAUACUGUCUCACUAAAGGCUAUGGUGGCAGCAUUGACAGUGGGCCCCCUCCUCCACACAAAGUCUGGGCAAUAUAUAUUAUAGGGCCUCUAAUCGUCCUUGGUGCUGCUGUCAUUGCUGCUGUCCUGGCUCUGUACCAUGGUGCGAGACUUUUUCAGUGGUCUAGAGCAUUGAUUGCAGGAUUCCUUUCAACAAAGAGAUACAAUGUCCGCAACUGA